UGGAGCACCUGUCGGCUGUCACCAGCUGGGAGAGGUGACAGCUCAUUUCGGAGCAAAAUGUGGAUGUUUUUGUGAAUUUUAACUUGUAGUGGUUUAUUGAGGGUUGUUCUGUCUGUUAUUAUUUAAGAAUGAUGGGGAUUAAUGAGGAUGAUGACAUGGAGGAACUGCAGUCGACGGUUUACACCUUCCCCGAGAGUGUGCAGAGUGUCAUUGAACAGGUUCUACCAAGCUCUGAUCCUCUAGAUCAGCCCAACUUCAACGUAGUGGACUACAUAAACUCCCUCUUCCCCACGGAGCAGUCUCUCUCGAACAUCGACGACGUCGUGAAUGAAAUGGAGUACAGGAUUUGCUCUAUCGACAAAGAGAUUCGUUCAGUCGUCAGAGGACAGACAAAUGUCGGUCAGGACGGUAGAGCAGCACUGGAUGACGCACAAAAAGUCAUUCGCCAGCUAUUUCUCCACAUAAAGGAUAUAAAAGACAAGGCCGAACAGUCCGAGGAGACCGUUAAAGAGAUCACACGAGACAUAAAACAACUGGACUUUGCGAAGAGAAAUCUCACAGCGUCUAUCACCUCUCUGAAUAAAUUGCACGUUCUAGUGGGUGAGGUCGACAGUUUGAAGAGUCUCACCCAGAAGAAACAGUACGGAGAGAUUGUUCUGAAGCUCCAAGCCAUCAUGGAAGUGAUGCAGUACUUCAGCUCGUACAUGGACAUUCCUCAGAUUAAAGAAUUAUCGAGUGAAGUUCAUCAAAUAGAGAUAGAGCUUGCCCAGCAGAUUACAUCGGACUUCAAAGAAGCUUUCUCAGGCCAGAAUCCCAAGCACUUUGCUCAGUUAACUGAGGGUUGUCUGGUACUCUCUGUGUUGGAUCCAAAGGUGAAAAAGGACCUUCUCACGUGGUUCGUUGGGGUCCAACUCCAGGAGUACGCUCACCUCUUCGACGAGAAUCAGGACAUUGCGUGGCUGGACAAAAUUGAUAAACGAUACACCUGGAUCAAGAAACAUUUGAUGGACUUUGAGCAGAAGUUUGGAAAUAUUUUUCCCUUGGACUGGGAGAUAUCCGAGAGAAUUGCUGUUCAAUUCUGCAAUGUGACCCGAGAAGAUCUAUCUAAGCUGAUGCAGAAGAGACGAGUGGAGAUUGACGUUAAAUUGUUGCUGUAUGCCAUUCAGAGGACUACGAAUUUUGAGAACCUCCUGGCGAAAAGGUUUUCCGGAGUUACUCUCGAGGGCUCUGAUCCCAGGAAGGUUGUCGCAGUGGAGUCUCGUCCAGAAGAGGUGCCUGGAAAUCCCUUCGAGGAGGAGAACAUCGAAAAGAGUGAAAAUGAUAAACCAGCUUUCACUCCGUUUGCUAACCUAGUGGGAAAGUGCUUCGAGCCUUAUCUCAAUAUUUACAUUGAGAGUCUAGACAGAAAUCUCGCUGAUUUGAUGGAGAAGUUCGUGGCUGAUUGCAAGAGUCAACCUCCAGGGGCCAAGGAUUUUGAUGGAGUCGAGGGACCCAGCAGUGUUUUAUCAUCGUGCGCUGAUCUAUUCGUUUUUUAUAAAAAAUGCAUGCUCCAGUGCACUCAACUCAGCACAGGACCCAUCAUGCUCAGCCUCGCUGAGACAUUUCAGAAGUAUCUGCGGGAAUAUGCCCUCAAGCUCCUUCAAAAUAAUCUACCAAAGAUGGGAGGCACCAGUCUGGGGACCAGCAUGAGCAGCAUCACGAGGGAUUUCAGGGAUUUAUCCACUGCUGGAUUUAUCCAGAACUUUCAGAGUUUUCUGAAAGAGGGGGAGAUCACUAGGUUCAGUAAAGAGGAGCAAUCGAGAAUCUGUUGUAUUCUGACAACAGCUGAGUACUGCUUGGAGACAACUCAGCAGCUGGAGGAGAAAUUGAAGGAAAAAACAGAUAAACUGUUCUCAGAUAAGAUUAAUCUGUCCCAGGAGCAGGACAUUUUUCACAACGUUAUCUCCAAUUGUAUUCAGUUACUUGUUCAGGACCUGGAGGCUGCCUGUGAGUCGGCCUUGAUAGCCAUGAUAAAGAUCCCUUGGGCUGCAAUCGAAGGGGUUGGCGAUCAGAGCCCCUACGUCAGCACAAUUGUCGCUCAUUUGAGACAGACGAUACCAGCAAUCAGGGACAGAUUGUCCUCCUGCAGGAAAUACUUUACUCAGUUGUGUGUGAAAUUUGCGAGCUCCUUUAUUCCCAAGCUCGUCCAACAGCUAUACAGAUGCAAACCAUUGAGUGCAGUUGGAGCUGAGCAGUUGUUAUUGGAUGUUCACAUGCUGAAGACUGCUCUCCUCGAUUUACCAUCGACUGGCUGUCAGGUGACGAGGAAAGCUCCUGCCACCUACACCAAGGUCGUUGUCAAGGGAAUGGCUAAAGCUGAAAUGAUUCUCAAGGUCGUCAUGUCGACGACUGAACCACCUGAGGCCUUUGUCGAACAGUGUCGGAGACUUCUCCCUGAUUUACAGGUACAGGAGUUCCAAAAAAUUUUGGAUAUGAAGGGCCUGAAGAAACACGAACAGACUCCUCUUGUCGAGCUAUUUAGGAUCGGGGGAAACGAUAUAGGUACAGGGGAGGCUCAGGGCUUUGUCAGGGACAGCCCAGAGAUGGAGGCUGGAAAAAUUAAGAGACUGGAAAAACUCAUUAAGAAGAGGAUGUAGAGAUUUAAUUAAGAGGCGCAGAUUCAAUUUUUACUGAAUAUGGAAUUUCGUUAAUUGAGAAUUCUUCAAGAUAUAUUUUCGUCCGUUCGUCGUUUUAUUGAAUGUAUUAGUGAUCAAUUGAUUUAUGUAUUAAUUUUUUAAUUUAUAUAUUUGAAUUUUGAUUGAGCUAAGAUAGAUGUUUUAUCGCUUUCUACCGAAUUAUGUAAAUUAUUAGUUUAUGAGUCUCGUCUUGUCUUAGUAAUUGUAUAUUUUUAAUGAUCUUAUCGAAUUUAUGAAUUUUAUGUAUAUUUUCGUCAGAAACUUUGAAUGAGAUCAUAUUAAGGGAAAAUCAUUUCUAGUUCAUGUAUUUUAUGUUUCCAAAUAAAAGGGUAUGUUUAAAUUU